AUGGCGGUGAGCAUCCUGGGCGCGCUCAUCAUCAUCCUGUACUACAUCGCCGUCGUCUCCGUGGGCGUGUGGGCGGGCCGCAAGGUGCACGGAGAGCAGUUGCCGUCCUACACCAGCGGGAAAGCCAGAGAGAGCAUCAAGCCUAGCGACAACGAUUACCUGGUGCGCCUGUUUCUCGCCAAUCGCAGCGUGCCCCUGGUGCUGGGCGUCGUCUCCAUGACAGGGACCUGGGUCGGAGGCGCUUUCCUCAACACGACGGCGGAAGCUGUCUUCACAAACGGCAUCGUAUGGUGCCAGGCUCCUUUCGGCUACGCCCUCAGCCUCAUGGUCGGCGGCUGGUUCUUCGCGGGCAAGAUGCGAGUCACCAAGGCGCUGACGAUGCUGGACCCUUUCCAGCAGCAUUACGGCAAGUGGAUCUCCAUCCUUCUCACUGUGCCCGCCGUCUUUUCUGAGGUCUUCUGGUCCGCCUCCGUGCUUACCGCUCUAGGUAACACUGUGGAGACCAUUGUGCACCUGAACAGUCACUUGAUCAUCAUCGCGUCUGCCCUGGUUAUCCUCUUCUACACGGCACUGGGCGGCCUGUACUCGGUCAUCUACACAGACUUGUUCCAGAUGUUCAGUACAGUGAUCGGCCUGUGGACAUGCUUGCCGUACGUGGUGAUGAACAAGGCGGCCGGGAAGAUUGGUCCACCCGAGAACGACUGGAUAGGGACGAUCGAGGCUAAGGACACGAGCCAAGUCAUCGACUCGCUGUUUAUGAACAUCUUUGGAGGCAUUCCAUGGCAGGCGUACUUUCAACGGGUGCUGAGCACAGACUCCAUAUUUGGUGCCAAGAUGCUUUCAUACCUCUCUGCCAUGUGCUGCCUUUUCGUCGCCGUUCCGUCGAUCGUCGUCGGAGCUGUUGCCAAGACUACGAAUUUCACGGCCUUGGGCUACGGCGGCGCGCACAACCUGUCCAAGGAACUCAGCAAGGACAUCCUGCCGCAAGCGAUACACUACAUGGCGCCAUCCGUGGUAGGCAUCGUGGGACAGCUGGCCAUCACCGCCUCUGUGAUGUCUUCGAUGGACUCGUCCAUACUCAGUGCUUCGUCGCUCAUCACAAGAAACGUCUACCAUUUCAUCAUCAGGCCCACGGCCUCCGACACGGAGAUCUCGCUGGUGCUGCGCGGCAUGAUUUGGUUAGUGGGCGUGAUAGCGACGGCCACGGCCAUCAGCGCGCGCUCGGUAGUCGGGCUGUGGUCGCUUUCCUCGGACAUGCUCUACGUGCUCCUGUUCCCACAGUUCGUCGCGCUCUUCUACCUACGGAAACGCAGCAAUGCAUACGGCGCUGUCCUCGGUUUCGUGGUGGGCGGGAUCUCGCGGGCCCUGUGCGGGGAGCCCUUGCUACAGCUGCCGGCGCUCAUCCAGCUGCCCUCGUACGACGCCGAACGAGGCCAGCAGUUCCCGUUCCGCACCCUGUGCAUGCUGCUGAGCCUUGUAAGCCUCCUGCUGGGCUCGGCAAUCGCCAAGGCCCUCUUUCGCGCGGGGGUCUUGCUUGACGUGUGCCGCUCUUUCGUCGAGCCCGAUAAGCAGCAACGGGAAGAAAGCUCCAGCGCCCCGGCCGCUGCUGCUCCAGCCACAGACGCCGUCCCAGACCCCGCCUCCAUAGCCUCCCCGCGUUUGACGGUCCUGAGCCCGUCGAGCGAUGUACUUUCGGGGCCCACCACCUCGGGCGCGACUACCACGGCACCCGAAGAGGUAGCUAAGCAGAAGCAAUCGCCAGCGGCACAGCAAACAGCGGUGACGUCUGCGACGGGAGAAUGUCACGCCAGCAGCAGCGUGAUCGCCAACCACGCAAACCACAGAAAGGGCAAGGGUCAGAAGUCGAAGAAGAAGCGGAAGUAGCCGCUUAAUUACUUUGUAUCUCUCCACUAAGACAGUUGGGGCCCACCGUGCAGUCUUUCAAUUACCCCGCCCGCACGCGCUUCAAUGUCGGCGCUCACUGAGGCGGCGGGAUACGUAUUGACGCAAAUUAUUAAA